AUGGCCCGAGCCCGCCCGCCGCCGCCGCCGCUGCCGCCGGGGCUCCUGCCGCUGCUCUCUCCGUUGCUGCUGCUGCCCCUGCUGCUGCCCGCCGGCUGCCGGGCGCUGGAAGAGACCCUUAUGGAUACAAAAUGGGUGACAUCUGAGUUGGCAUGGACCUCUCAUCCAGAAAGUGGGUGGGAAGAGGUGAGCGGCUAUGAUGAAGCCAUGAACCCCAUCCGUACGUACCAGGUGUGUAACGUGCGGGAGUCCAGCCAGAACAACUGGCUUCGCACAGGGUUCAUCUGGCGGCGAGAUGUGCAGCGGGUCUACGUGGAGCUCAAGUUCACUGUGCGGGACUGCAAUAGCAUUCCCAACAUCCCUGGCUCCUGCAAGGAGACCUUUAACCUCUUCUACUAUGAGGCUGACAGUGACGUGGCCUCAGCCUCCUCCCCCUUCUGGAUGGAGAACCCCUAUGUGAAGGUGGACACCAUCGCACCCGAUGAGAGCUUCUCCCGGCUCGAUACUGGCCGUGUCAACACCAAGGUGCGCAGCUUUGGGCCGCUCUCCAAGGCUGGCUUCUACUUGGCCUUCCAGGACCAGGGCGCCUGCAUGUCGCUCAUCUCCGUGCGUGCAUUCUACAAGAAGUGUGCGUCCACCACCGCAGGCUUUGCACUCUUCCCUGAGACCCUCACUGGGGCUGAGCCCACUUCACUGGUCAUCGCCCCCGGCACCUGCAUCGCCAACGCCGUGGAGGUGUCCGUGCCCCUCAAGCUCUACUGCAACGGUGAUGGGGAGUGGAUGGUGCCUGUGGGUGCUUGUACCUGUGCCACCGGCCACGAGCCAGCCGCCAAGGAGUCCCAGUGCCGCCCCUGUCCCCCCGGGAGCUACAAGGCAAAGCAGGGAGAAGGGCCCUGCCUCCCCUGUCCACCCAAUAGCCGCACCACUUCACCAGCCGCUGGCAUCUGCACCUGCCAUAACAACUUCUACCGCGCAGACUCCGACUCCGCAGACAGUGCCUGUACCACUGUGCCAUCUCCGCCCCGGGGUGUGAUCUCUAAUGUGAAUGAGACCUCACUGAUCCUUGAGUGGAGUGAGCCCCGGGACCUGGGUGGCCGGGACGACCUCCUCUACAAUGUCAUCUGCAAGAAGUGCCAUGGGGGCCCAGGGACCAUGACCUGCUCACGCUGUGAUGACAACGUGGAGUUUGUGCCUCGGCAGCUGGGCCUGACCGAGCGCCGGGUGCAGGUCAGCCACCUGCUGGCCCACACGCGCUACACCUUCGAGGUGCAGGCGGUCAACGGCGUCUCCGGCAAGAGCCCUCUGCCCCCCCGCUACGCGGCUGUGAAUAUCACCACCAACCAGGCUGCCCCCUCGGAAGUGCCGACACUGCGCCUGCACAGCAGCUCCGGGAGCAGCCUGACCCUGUCCUGGGCACCCCCAGAGCGGCCCAACGGAGUCAUCCUGGACUACGAGAUGAAGUACUUUGAGAAGAGUGAGGGCAUCGCCUCCACCGUGACCAGCCAGAAGAACUCCGUGCAGCUGGACGGGCUGCGGCCCGACGCCCGCUACGUGGUCCAGGUCCGUGCCCGCACGGUAGCUGGCUAUGGGCAAUACAGCCACCCAGCUGAGUUUGAGACCACAAGCGAGAGAGGCUCCGGUGCCCAGCAGCUCCAGGAGCAACUCCCCCUCAUCGUGGGCUCAGCCACGGCUGGGCUGGUGUUCGUAGUGGCUGUGGUGGUCAUCGCUGUCGUCUGCCUCAGGAAGCAGCGGCACAGCUCUGAUUCGGAGUAUACGGAGAAGCUGCAGCAAUACAUUGCUCCUGGAAUGAAGGUUUAUAUUGACCCCUUUACCUAUGAAGACCCUAAUGAGGCUGUGCGGGAAUUUGCUAAGGAAAUUGAUGUGUCCUGCGUCAAGAUAGAGGAGGUGAUUGGAGCUGGGGAGUUUGGAGAAGUGUGCCGGGGUCGGCUGAAACAGCCCGGCCGCCGGGAGGUGUUUGUGGCUAUCAAGACCCUGAAGGUGGGUUACACGGAGAGGCAGCGGCGGGACUUCCUCAGCGAGGCCUCCAUCAUGGGUCAGUUUGACCACCCCAACAUAAUCCGGCUGGAGGGCGUGGUCACCAAAAGUCGGCCAGUCAUGAUCCUCACUGAGUUCAUGGAGAACUGCGCCCUGGACUCCUUCCUUCGGCUCAACGAUGGACAGUUCACAGUCAUCCAGCUGGUGGGCAUGUUGCGAGGCAUUGCUGCCGGCAUGAAGUACCUGUCCGAGAUGAACUACGUCCACCGUGACCUGGCUGCCCGCAACAUCCUCGUCAACAGCAACCUGGUCUGCAAAGUCUCAGACUUCGGCCUCUCCCGCUUCUUGGAGGAUGACCCCUCUGAUCCCACCUACACCAGCUCCCUGGGCGGGAAGAUCCCCAUCCGCUGGACCGCCCCAGAGGCUAUAGCCUAUCGGAAGUUCACCUCUGCUAGUGACGUCUGGAGCUAUGGCAUCGUCAUGUGGGAGGUCAUGAGCUACGGCGAGCGACCCUACUGGGACAUGAGCAACCAGGAUGUCAUCAAUGCCGUGGAGCAGGAUUACCGGCUGCCCCCACCCAUGGACUGCCCCACAGCACUGCACCAGCUCAUGCUGGACUGCUGGGUGCGGGACCGGAACCUCAGGCCCAAAUUCUCCCAAAUCGUCAACACCCUGGACAAGCUCAUUCGUAAUGCCGCCAGCCUUAAGGUCAUCGCCAGUGCCCAGUCUGGCAUGUCACAACCCCUCCUGGACCGCACGGUCCCCGACUACACCACCUUCACAACAGUUGGUGACUGGCUAGACGCCAUCAAGAUGGGGCGGUACAAGGAGAGCUUUGUCAGUGCGGGGUUUGCAUCCUUUGACCUGGUGGCCCAGAUGACUGCAGAAGACCUGCUCCGGAUCGGGGUCACCUUGGCGGGCCACCAGAAGAAGAUCCUCAGCAGUAUCCAGGACAUGCGGCUGCAGAUGAACCAGACGCUGCCUGUGCAGGUCUGA